AUGGGAUUGUCGCUAGAUGAAUACAGUAGGUGGUAUGGAAGGUGGCACGGAUGUCUAAGCUUAAUCGUUUGCUGCUUUGGAAUUCCGACAAACAUCAUCAACAUUACAGUCCUCACCAGAAAACACAUGCACACUCCAAUUAACACCAUUUUGACAUGGAUAGCGUUUUUUGACAUCGUAACUAUGGUGGCGUAUUUGCCAUUUGUUAUCCAUUUUUACAUUGAGUUUCCGACUAAUUCGCUUUCUCCAGAAAAGAACAGUCAUGGAUGGAUGAAUUUCCUGUUGUUCUACAUUAAUCUAUCCACAUUAACUCAUACAAUUUCUAUCUGGCUCGGAGUUUCAUUAGCUAUCUUUCGCUACGUCCAUAUUCAUUCACCGGAAACUGGAAGUUUGACACACAUGCGCCGUAUCACGCAUUGUCGAAUUGCUGUGUCUGUAGUGAUAUUUGGAUCAAUUCUUCUUUUGAUUCCAAACUAUAUGUCUUCUAAACUGGUGCCCUUGGAGAGAAAUGGCACCAUACUUCCGAAAAUAAAAGUUCUGGAUGACCCACGCCUUGGAACACCUAAUGUAAAAGUGGGCGUAUUUAUUAGUUUCAUUUUAUAUAGCAUCAUUGCUAAGAUAAUCCCUUGUAUGUUAAUGAUGAUUUUUGGAGCAUUGUUGCUCAAGACUCUAGAUAACCAUGGGCGAGUGAAUCGCAAAAAGCUGUCCAAGUUGGGCGUCGUUAUGAAUCGUCCUUUGAACACGUCACGGACCACUGUCAUGUUGCUCAUAGUAAUGGUGCUUUUCUUAAUGACGGAACUUCCGCAAGGGAUAUUACUCGUGCUAAGCCUGACUAUUCAGGAUUUCUUUGAUACCAUUUACAUCCCUCUUGGGGAUACAAUGGAUAUUCUUGCCUUAAUAAACAACAGCAUUAAUUUUGUUCUGUAUUGUUCUAUGAGCAUAGAAUUUCGCCGCACCAUUUCAAAAUGGAUACGCCAUUGUUUGAGAGCGAGCAGUUUAAUAAAUGAAAACCAGAAUGAUUUUGAAGUUAAAAACAAGAAUUCAGCGGAAGCAAAGAAAACCAAAACUAGCAAUUCAGCCGGAAAUACCACCACAGAUGAAAUGCAGAUAGGACUGCCUUUAACAGGAUGUAGUGAAUCUUACAGCGUAGCAGAAAUUAACAGCCCGUGCUGCAAGUCAAUAUCAGACAUCCAGAUUAAUGGCGAGAUACUGUACAGUCAGAUCUCAACGGAGGCUGAGAGCGAGAAACUGAUAUAUGAAGAAAAUAAUGAGAUAUCCGAGACUAUUCCACUGGCACAAACUGCUACACAUUCCUGUUCUACUGCCGUGUAAACCUACACUCCGCUGACUUGCUGUU